AUGUCUUGGUUUCCCCUUUUCUUUUGUUGGACUGUUUCAAGAGGUGUGUGGUCUGCCUUCCGCCAGGGAUCUUUCGGCAUCGGGGACCUGAAGAUCAUGAACUCCACCCACUCCUUCUUCACCUGGAAGCGCAACGCCUGCUUCGACAAAGGUGAGGCGGACUUCGAUGCCGCGCACUGCUCCACUGAAGGAGACAACUCGGCAAAGUCCUUGGUCUCGGACGACUCGUCUUGGAUCAUCCGCGACACUGGGAAGUGCAAGAAGCAGGCGUAG